GUUCCUGAAUGGCCACCUGCAAUCCUCGUGGCUCUAAAUUUGAAGUUUCAAUUUGUAUCCGCGGAUGCUUUCUUCAAACCGUGUCUGAAGAGAAGAAAAUGGCUUCUCGACACCCGACUUGGAGAUAAUUUACAGUUAAGUUUACAGCCGCCAAAAAUGAUAUGAAUACAACAGGAUCGGGUCCACCAGGCCACGCCCUCGAGAUCGUACCUCCUCACCAAAUGGUGAUCUCAUCAGCAGAGCGCGCCAGACGUCGUGAGGUUCCGGGGUUGUUCCGAACCAGCUAGGCCGAAGAGCCGGUAGGUUCACCCACCACGACAUCACCUGGUCGAUAUGGCUGAACCUUUCACAACGUCCUUGCCAAGCCUCACAUGAGACUGCCGAUCCUGACUGUCUGCCAGAAUACUCAUCCCACCCCUGUAGAACCAGCGACAUGCUUACGCAUGGCGAAAGAACGUGUGGUCGCGGGUGUCCACGCUUCGUGUGUCUACAUACCCUCCUGGUAUCGUACAGCCUCUCACAGUUUUGAUUUUUGGUUGACUGGUUUGAUCGGUCUGAGUCAUGCUCAACCAGACUACUACCACCGCCAGGCUAUGUUCUCCGACGCCCCACAUCAUAGAUCUGUCUACGGCUACUACGAUGAGCUCGUAGAAGCCGAAAAACCAUCCUACCAAGACACACAGACUACCAUCGCUACCGCGCAUUGGGUCCAGGAGGAGUUGAAGGAGCUGCAUCAGGAAACAGCGUCGUUGACGUUGCAUUAUUGGUUUUCUGUGAUAGGCGAUACAUUCCUCUGCCAGUACAGCACGAACGCCAAAGUCUCUACCACCGCGCCCCAUUCCAUCCGCUAUUGCCCUCCGCAAUGUCGCAAGUGA